CGGCGCACGCCAAACGGCAGAAGCAUCCCUCUCGUCUCGUCUCCACGCACCCCCAAACUACUCCGCAAUUCCCCAACCCCGAAGGCAAGGAAGCGACGCCCCCUCGCGCACGAGCACGACCUGACCGCGCCGUGCCGUCUCACGGAGCCCGGCUGUCUAGAAGCUUCGUCGCCGCCCGCCCGCCCGCCCGCUCGCGCCGUCGCACGCCGCCCUAGGGUUCCGCGGGUGGGUGCGGGGGGAUCGCCGGAGAUGGACUGGAGCGCGGUGACGGCGGAGGACCUGGUGGACGCGCUGCGGGAGGUGGACUGGUCCACGCCGCCGCGGCCCGCCCCGGAGUUCUUCUCCCGCUUCACCGUCCCCCGCUCCUACUCCAAGUGGACCAGCCGCCUCAAGUGCAACCUCUACUACUACAGGACAAACUAUUUCAUCUUGAUCAUGUUCAUCCUUGGGAUGGGCUUCCUUUGGAAACCGGUUGCAAUCCUUGCAGCUUUUAUGACUGGACUCAGCAUUGCAUUUCUCAAUGACAGUUUCGCAGUCACUUUCAAUGAGAAAGUCACAAGGACAGUGAGACAAUUUUCACCACAUUUAGCUGCAAAGAUGAGGCCACCAAUAACCCCUGUUCUUCGUGGUCGACCAAGCUCAAAGAGAUCUAUUCAUAUUUGUGGGCGACCUCGAUGGGUGUUUGUUCUAUUCUUUUCUGCAGUUAGCUGUAUGCUCUGGUUGACCUCAUGCAGUCUUCUCACAGUCCUCUGGGCACUUCUCAUUGCUCUGUUUGCAACUGUGCUUCAUGCAAGCUUCAGAACACCUAAUUUGAAAGCACGUCUGAAUACAUUCAGAGAGGAAUUCCGGGCUGUUUGGAGGAAUUACAGCGAGCUUUAAGAUCUCCUUUGUUUCUCUCAUGUUGAUGUGGUAAGAAAAGGUGUGUCUUGCUGAAACAUCCAUGCUGUUUGUGUGCUGUGCGCCUGUGCUGGGAGAACUAGAUGAAGGUGAUACGCCAUUGCACAUUACUAUGUGGAUUACUUGCUCUUUUGGGAGGUGGAUUUGGGUCGGGUUGAUUCAGUAGGUGAUGCUAUACCUUAGCAUACGAUCCUCCUGUACAAUAAUUAUUCUUUCAGACUUCUCCCUAACUGAGCAUUCGAGAAAUGACGGCAUGUAAAGGAUGUAAAAAUGUACCCUGAUCUCAAUCAAAUGAUUCAAACCCAAUGUUGUUUGUUGAAAUGACUAAUUCGUUUUACAUUCUCUUUUGGAU